AUGGAGGUGACUGCGGGAAAUUUUGCUGCUUUGCUACCAUGGAUCCUCUACCAGAUUUCUUGCAGCAAGUUUGUUGCUAUUGACUUGGAGUUCUCCGGCAUUGCGAUUGCCCCAAGCUCCCAGGCCCAGAAAGACCAAUCCCUCCAGGAACGAUAUACAGACGUCAAGGCUGCGGCCGAGAGAUACCAGAUUCUUCAGAUCGGUCUGACAAUAUGUCAGGAAGAUAGUGCCACUGGCACCUACAAGAUGACGCCUUACAACAUCAACCUGAGCCCAUUUGUGGACCGGGCAUUGGACGUUAACCGUGACUGGACCUUUAUGAGCUGGUCCAUGGAAUUCCUAAUGAAUCACCAAUUCAGUAUGGAGAUUUUGUGCAAGUACGGUGUGCGGUAUCUCUCUCGAGAUGAGGAGGCCCAAUGCUUGAUCAUAGCGAGCCAGAGAUACAAUCGCACGAGCGCAAUUUCUGCAGUCGAUGUGAAGGCAGCGGACAAGGAGACAAUCGAUUUUCUCCAAGCUGCGCGUCGAAUGAUCAACUGGUGGCUUGCCCAGAGUGAUACAAAGCGCAGCGAAUACCUCAACAUCCCACCACACAGCAAACACAAGGUCCUCAAGGCCUUAUGUCCAGUCCUCCCUGAGACCUUGAAUAACAUGGAGAAACGACUUGUACAUCAGCUUAUCACCGCUGAGUAUCCAAAGCUCAAGUCGAGAAGCCGGCCCAUGUUCGUCCAAAUUGAGGUCGCCGAUCCUGUCAAGGACAAGGACAUGAAUGAAGGAAAGACAAACUCCCUAAAGACGUUGAUCCGCGGACACGUGGGAUGCCGGUGGAUUGUCGAGGCACUCAUCGGAGGAGACCUGUCAGAGCUCCCUGACAAGACCUUUAGUUCAUUCAUAAGGCAAGUAGGAACACCGCUGUUCGCAGAGGCAGACCUUGCCAAUAAUUUGCGGAAGCACCUCCAAGAGAACCGGCCAGUCCUGGUCGGGCACAACUGCUUCAUGGAUCUGGCCUUCCUUUACAGUGGUUUCAUCGGACAACUGCCGGAUUCCGUGGAGGAAUUCCAGACAACUAUCCAUAGUGUGCUUCCCAAUGUUGUUGACACCAAGUACCUUGCAACUCACGAUGCGGGUUCUAUCAAUCCAUCUUCUUCCCUGGAGGAGAUUAACCGCAAGUUGGUAAAAAUAUCGGCUCCAAAGAUUGAAAUUGAUUCUAUGCACCAGAAGUAUAUCUUCCGAAGCAGCGCCCAUGAAGCCGGUUAUGACAGCAUGCUAGCUGCGAUCGCCUUCAUGAAACUGUCAGUCCAGCUCCAAAAGGGUCCGAUUCAGUACAGCAGCCCGGGAGACCUGGAAAGCAUGAAGAUCGGAGUUGCGCGAGAGAAACCUCAAAUUCAACAAAUGGAGCAACGGAUGGUUGAAGAUCUGAUGAUGCAAGAAAAAAAAGCAUUGCCGGAAGACACCAUUGACUUGAUUGAAUUCAGUGACAGUGAGAGUACGAAGCCAGUCCAACGAGCUGCUUUAACCGAGGCCAAAAUAGGAGAAAUUGCACAAAAGGUGCCGGGCGAGGAGUUGGUACCUCAGGUGGAUAGCGAGUUCUGGCGCACUUACGGAAACAAAUUGCGGGUGUUUGGCACGAUCGAGCGGGUUAUGCAUCUUAACUGA